GAGUCGGUCAGUCUUACAACCUGAGAGAGAGAGAGAGCACUGCAGUCUGCCACUCUGCACACGAGAGAAGGAUACCCAUUUUACAGCAUCUUUGCCUCCUCUUACGCACUCUUCCAAUCUGUGAUAGAGCUGCAGGUCCUCCUUUGGAUUUAUAAACAUAACUAGAAACAAUAAAUAAAUAAAAAUCAACCUGGAUUUACGUUUCAACUUAUUUCCAUGACUCUUCUGGUUUACUGAUUGCUUUGAUUUUUUUUGGUUUGUUUGAUCCACCGAUUUGAUGCGCUUUUUCGAGUCUGUGCAAGAAGACUUACCCUGCGUGUUGGGCGAUUUCUCCUGGGGCUAUUACAAAAAAGAUUUGCCGGGCAGAAGAGACGAUCUCACCUUAUCAUUGUGCAAAUACCCCUAACACAGAUUUCUGUUUCCUUUUUUUAAAAAACUCGGCAUCCCGUUUGAUCGCCGCUGAACAGCGCUCUUGUGAAUUCCAGAAGCCUGCAACUGGAGUUCCGUUUCUCCUCGCACUUCUGCGGUGUCUUAAAACUCUCAACAGAAAGGGGAACCACAGCUACAGCUAUUGCAGGAGUUAAAAUACCGAAAGUUUCGAAUUAACUUUAAACUCACCUGCAAAAGGAGUAUUCCAGGUUCAAUUAAGAGUCUGCCUUGCGUGAACUGGGAGCUGAACUGUGGCUGAAGAUGGGUAUUUGUGGCUAUUUUGUGGUAUCCUGGAAAUGCCUGGUCGUGAUAGCGCUAAGACUGCUAUUUCUUGUACCUGCAGGAGUGCCUGCCCGGAGCGGAGAAUCGUCUUUUUCCAAACCGAUGGACAACGUCACCGUUAGACAAGGGGAUAAUGCGAUCCUAAGGUGUACCCUGGACAACAGAGUGACAAGGGUGGCUUGGCUGAACCGCUCCACGAUACUGUUUGCAGGAGUGGACAAGUGGUCCACAGACCCCCGCGUGGUUCUGCUGAACAACACCUUGACCGAGUACAGCAUCAAAAUCAAAGACGUGGACGUGUAUGACGAGGGGCCUUACGUGUGCACCAUUCUGACCAACAACAAACCCAAGGCAUCAAGAGUCCACCUAAUCGUACAAGUGCCCCCGAAGAUUGUAAACAUUUCCAGUGACAUCACAGUGAAUGAAGGUAGCACCAUCACUCUCAUGUGUCUUGCAAUUGGAAGGCCGGAGCCGACAGUCAUGUGGAAACAUCUUUCAAUGAGAGGCCAGAGAUUUGUCAAUGAGGGAGAAUACCUGGAGAUCACGGAAAUUUCCAAAGACCAAUCUGGUGUAUACGAAUGCAGCUCGUCCAAUGAUGUUUCAGCUCCAGACAUCAGGACAGUACGCGUGACAGUAAACUAUCCACCUUACAUUUUUCAUGCCAGAAGCAGAGGAGCCCCUCUGGGUCAGAAAGGGGUUCUUGAGUGUGAAGCUUCAGCUGUCCCUGUGGCUGAUUUUGAAUGGUAUAAAGAAGACCGAAGUUCGGACAGGCAGAGGUUAAUAUACAGCAGCAACGAAAAGCUCUCCAACGGACUGAAUGGGGUUAAAAUUGAGAACAAGGGCAGGCAAUCCAUGCUAAUUUUCUUCAAUGUGUCUGAAGAAGACUACGGAAACUACACCUGCGUGGCAAUGAACAUGAUGGGAAUCACAAAUGCAAGCAUCAUUUUGUAUGGACCAGGAGCAGUUCAUGAUGUGAACAGCGCAGCACUUUCUCCACACAACUUGCUCAGCCUACUCUUGACUAUCAUUUUGCAGUACUUUCUCAAGUUUUGAUGCAGCAGUGACAGCAUCCAGCCUCUUCAGCAUUACAGUACGACAGACUUUUAGUUCCAAACGAGCAGUGGAAACCCACCAAAAAGAGAUGUUUUGCAAUUUUUUUAGUAUUCAGCCCCACAGUAAAAUUGGCAGUGUUUUGGUUCAGUGUUUCUUUUAUUUUUUUGAGGGGUGGUGGGAGGGGUUACUGACUUUAGGCAUAACUAUAGAAUGUGUGGCUCUCCAAUCUAAUUUUUUAAGGAAAACAGAAAAGCAAAACGAAACAAAUCUUGAGCCUCAUGUUCAUUAUUUUGUCAAAUGGUUUUGCUUAAUAUUGCAGUUUUAUUCAGAUCAGCAAUGUGUCCUGUCCUGUUUUCUCUCUGUAAAAUAAAGUAAAUAUAAUCCAAAUUUAAAUAAUAAAAAGGGUGAGUACUAGAGCAGAAACAUCUGUUUUACCCAUCUGAAACUUGUACACCAACUGUAUCAAAACACACAAAAGCCUAAUAAAAUAAGCAACAAAAACACCUUACAUAUAAUGAAAUCUGCUUCAUUUUCAUCAUUUGAAAUGUUUUCUUUGACAGUUGUAUGUAGCAAAACAUUAACAUGAUCCUGAUAUCAAUACCUAACAAUUCCAUGCAUAACUUGUGACAAUUCAUUAAAAAACUGUUCUAAAAUGAAUAGCAGUGUCAAAUACCAUUCAGAAUUAAAUGCAACAAUAUACAAAAAUAAUAAUGCACUACAUAAUGUAUCCAUCCAUAAUUUAAAAGUGUUAUCAUGGGAGAAGUUAUUUUAAACUGCUUUUGUCUAAAGUCAUUUGUCAGCUCUGCUAAGUUUACUUGCUGACAGAGGUGUUCAAGACAAAGGCUGCUCUUCUCUUAUCGAAUACAGGUUGAAGCAGAAGAUACAGUAAGUGAGAGUUACAGAGGUCACAGCAAGGUGUUACCUAGCUUGCAAGGCUGUGGUUUGCUUCUAGGCUCUUGAUCUUAUUUUCUUUUAAUCGAGGUAAUAUAUGAUCAUAAUUUGGAAGCUGGUGAAAAGAAAAUCGGAAAAAAAAAAUUAGAAAGCCGAAUAGGGAAUGAACGCAGAAUGUGGCAGAAAUGGUUGUGCUUGUGCUGGUAAUUUGUUUUAGUGUGAGCACAAAGUUUAACUGUAAUGUACAGCAGAUCACAUUAAGAAAGUGCUUUGACAUGGGCAGUACUACAUGGAUAUAAUAUGUGGUUUUAAGUGUUUUUUAUUCAUAUAAAGGCAAAAAAUAAGUAUUGGUCAGUGUUUGCCCUUCAGACCCACAAUUCCAUUCCUACAGUAACUGCAAAUUAAGUGGGUACUUAUUGUAUUCUGUUAGGGUGCUCACUCUUAAUAGUCUGAAUAAUAUUGUAAGAACGAAAAAUGGAAAUAAAUUACAAAAAAAAUGUCUGGAAUGUAAUGUAAAGUCUAAUGGUAGCUUCUUGUGUGUUAAUAUUUUGUAUAUACAGUAAAUGGAAAAUUAAGAUGAAGGUGCAGUGUCUUUGUAUUUAAUUUCAGCAGUUUCUGCCAUUAGCAUUUUAGUCCACAAGUCUCCUUUAACGAGCAGUCACUGAGCUCAGCUUGAACUGUGUCCGGGGGGGUUAUCUCAUGACACACAAAACUUCACCACCUCCCAGUUUCACAACUGACGCCAGUGCCACACAGCCAAACGCUACUGUAAUGGGGACAUCUGUUGCUCGACAGUAAGCUCUCUUUGGAAUAAUUCUAUGGUAUCUGCUGCCAUUCUGUACAUAUAAUGAGAGACUGCACCUUUAAUAUCCUUAUUUAUAUAAAAUUAAUCAAAAUCAUUCACUGGUACAGAUGAUCACCCUUACAAAGCCUUACUAGAAUAAAAAUCAACACCUUUCUGAUGAAUUUGGGUUCCUUCCAGAAAGCACUGAUAAUGGCCAUGAGCAGCACUCAAACAAACACAAAAGAAGAGACAAGGCCGUUUUAUGGAGCGUGAAGACUGGAAUUAGGCUUCAUAUCUUGGGAGUGCAUUGCCCUCCGUAAGCACUGGCAACUGUAGCAAAGACUAAUGCACAGGGCAACUGGGCCAAGGAUGCGUCUGAAAAGAUCCUACUCCAUUGAGCAGGAAAAGCUAAUGCUUCAAAAGUGUCAAGAGCUAUUGGCCCAAAGUUAGCAGUUGUCGACUCUGUUUUGGUAAGGCCUUGGGUGAUAAAAACACCAUUUAAAAAAACUUGCUUUUCUGAAAUACAAUAUACAAAACAUUUCAUUACAUGUAAUUGUCAUAAUAUACCAACAGCAUAUGCUGUACAGUAUGUCAGCAUUAGUCAAACAAUAGAUCUUCCUAUCCACUCUAGUGUAAAUCUUUGAUACAACAUGUUUUAAAGAUUGAAUUAAUUUGGAUGUUAAAGAAUUAAAGACAUGGUUACAUACAGUAAAUUCUGUAUAGGGCACGGAAGAUCCAAUAUUUGAUUACACUUGCUGUAAGAUGUCACUGACCACAGCAGCUAUAACAUCAAUCCCUAUCGAUGCUAGCAGACAAGACCUUCUCAUACUGUACUUGCACAGCCAACUUGAAUCAAGUCAUAAAAUUCUACAUUUGUGAAUUUGGCUACUGAAGCCACAUUUUUUUGCUUAGACUCUUGUGGUUGAAAGUCCCUUAAAGGAAUGCUUGACUUUACUAGCAUGCUACAGAGAAUAAUACCUCUCAAACAUUUUGCUUACUACUCAUUCCAACCUGGAAGCAAGGGGGUUGGUUAGGUUUCUGUGCAUUGCGGUGCAUGAGUACCCAUGGAAUAGUGAGGGAGAGUGUUUACAAUACAAAGCAGGACCUUUUGACUUCCUGAAUUUGCUAGAUCAACUUAUGCAGUUAGACUCACCACUCUUGGUGUGUAAUGUUAUUAUAUUGCAGAAUGGUUCUCAAAAACAUGGUAUGUAGAUUUGUUUUCAGAAACAUAAAAACUGCUACCUAAUAUAGUACUGUAAAGUAUAUGAGUUUUUAAUACAGGCACUAGCCUUACAUACCCAUUCCCCCCAAACCCAAGCAGCACUAAUACGUUGCUGUUCUGAAAAGACAUCUACAGUAGCAUGUGAGAAAAACAGAUUUAUUUUAAUAUACAACAAGUCCUAAUGGCCAGACUGCAAAGAUACAGUACGAAGUUCGCUCCUUGCUGGCCCCAGUUCACCUACAACCAGACCAGCGUUGUGAGUUAUGACUGUUUCUUUUGUUGCGGAGCAUGAUUAACUAUUAUUGGGCAUAAAGAAUAAAAACUGUAUGUGCAAAGUUGAAAUUAAUCCUUUAGGUUGCAUUGCAACUGACAGGCUCAUCUAACUGAUUUAGACAACACAUCUGUGAUGUGUAAUCUGCAUGUAAUACAGUUUGUACAUUUGCUUUUCAGAAAUAUUUUUAUAGUUAUUCCAUCAGUUCUAUUAUGUAUUUAGUAUUGAGAACUAGAUCAAGAGUUUCAGUAAUGAACAACGGAGCCAUGUUAUAAAAAUUAUACAACAUUCUUUAUCAUGCUAGCAAAGCUAAGUGUGCCUUAAUUUCAUGUGUUUAUUUAAAAUGAAGUAGUACAGAAAGACAAUGUAAUGAGCCAAUGUAUACUAGAGUAAGCCAACAACAAUGGUAAAACUUAUAAGCAUUAAGAUAGAAUACUAAGUUUUGUAUGAAAGUUAUGUAUCUUUGUCAUGUUGUGAAUUCUAAAUCUAUUAUGAAGGCUCGAUUUCUUGUUUUGGAAAAGUUCCAGUAUAUGUAUGGUUUGGUCCUCAAACCAAGAAAUAUAUUGUGGAGUUCCAUCAUCCUGUUUUGUUCACACACCAAUGUGAAUAAUGUCUCCAUAAACUUUGCUUUUGUCUCAGACCAUUCAGGUAUGAGAAAUGGUUCCAAAAAGUCAUAAUGUUAUCAAAGCUGUAAAUAACAAUGUCCACCGUUAUGUAUGGUUUCUGUAAAAAAACAGGUCUCUUGAACUGACAUUGGUUAAUUCUUUUGGGUUAUAACAGAGAAUGAAGUAAAACCCCCAUCAUCUACAGCACGUAAAUCACACAUACAGUAUUACUCUCCAUCACUCUCGCGGAAUUCUGUCUUGUCCUUUUGCCUAUAGCUCUGACAUGAUGUUGGUCACAACUCAACAAAAGCUGCUCUUAUCUAAAUGACAACUGUGUGGGUGUCCAUUUGUGCCCUGUUAAAGUACUUUGAUGAAAGGGUGUUUGUCCAGAAGACUCUAUAAAAGAUAACAUAUCAUUCUCCUUAAGAAAUGCCUUGUUUCAGAACAGACUACAUUCAUUCUCGAUGAUACAUGCAUUAAAAAUGUAUUAUAUAUAAAAAAAUAUAUAUACAAUAUUUCAUACAGUAUUUUGUUCUGGUAAGGCUGUGUAGAGUAUUUAAAUAAAUUGUAAAUGUUUCAUGACUCUUCUUGGCAAAUGCCAAAAAUGAACAUACUAACUUAAUUUUGUGCAUGUUAUGGCAUAGUUGUAUCUUUUCUAUUUGAGAAUGAGUAAGAGAUGGUUGUAACUGUGCAGUGUAAUAAAGUUUAAUGAACUUUUUUAAA